CCAACCAAAACCGAUCCCUUAACGACCCGACCCGUCAAGAAAUCCCGACGCGCCUUAUCACCGACCUCGGCGCAAGCAGCCACCCUGUCAGCACUCUUCUCCAACCCGGACCAAGAAAUCCGGAUUCCUCCUCCUGCCGCAUCGUCGCGCAAGCCGCUCCCGCCGCCGCCCGAGAUCGUGACCAACGUGCAGGGCUCCUCGGCGGGCGCCGGGUCAGGCGAGUUCCACGUGUACAAGGCGGCGCGGCGGCGCGAGUACGAGCGGCUGCGGCGCAUGGAGGAGGAG